GUUCGUCUGACAGACCUGCUCUCUGCUCCAAUCCUGCGCUCACACUGCCUGCUGCUUUCCUGUAAGUACUACAGGGUCACACAGCCAUUUCAACUUUUAGAAAUGAUGAAGGGAAAGAUGUCUCUUGCUGCUUGAAUAACUCACCAGGACUUAUGAAUGAAAACACAUCAGACACAAAGGGGACAGAGAGGGUGAGAACACGUUAUUGCAUUCGGAGCUUCCUGUCCUGGUGUAACUGUCAGAGCAUAAUGGUGGCAUUUAAAGGGAUCUGGACCAAGGACUUCUGGAGGGCUGUGUCUGGAGAAUACCUUGCCACUCUCAUCUUUGUCUUUCUCGGUCUGGGUUCCACCAUCAACUGGGCUGCAGGGGAGGAGAAGCCUCCCCCAGCUGACUUAGUCCUUAUCUCUCUGUGCUUUGGCCUAAGCAUCGCCACUAUGGUGCAAUGUUUUGGUCACAUCAGUGGCGGACACAUUAACCCGGCGGUCACAGCUGCGAUGGUUGUAACAAGAAAGCUGAGCCUGGCAAAGGCAAUAUUCUAUGUGGUGGCUCAGUGCCUCGGAGGUAUCACAGGAGCUGGGAUCCUGUAUUUAGUAACACCUGCUGCUGUUAGAGGGUCCUUCGGUGUGACCUCGGUGAACGCCAACAUUUCAUUAGGACACGCUCUUCUUGUGGAGCUCCUUAUUACAUUCGAACUGGUCUUCACCAUCUUCGCCACCUGUGAUCCCAAACGCACAGACCUUGGAGGCUCUGCUAGCCUUUCCAUCGGCUUUGCUGUAGCUAUUGGUCACUUGUUUGCAAUCCCUUAUACUGGAGCCAGCAUGAACCCAGCUCGAUCCUUCGCGCCUGCGCUGGUCACACUUAACUUCGAGAACCACUGGGUGUACUGGGUGGGACCCAUUCUGGGAGGCAUCCUUGCUGCUGGUCUGUAUGAAUACCUGUACUGCCCUAACCCCGAGACAAAGAAGAGGCUAAAGCAGGUCUUUCAGAAGGACCAGUCAGGGGUAUACAGGGAGGUGGAGACAGAGGACAUUGCCAUCAAGCCGGGAUCCAUCCAUACUAUCGAUCUGGAGAAAGCUGAGAAAAAGGAUCCUUUCCGGGACUCGACGGGAGAAGUGCUGUCUUCAGUAUGACUAUCACGUGCACUGGAAAUGGAGACCAAUUUGUAGAGCAGAAUGACAAUCAAACUUUGGAGUACCCAUCUUGAGUUUGCCCCCUCCCCCCCUGCAAAUCAGAAUAUGAUUUCUGUCCACGAGGCUUCACAGCAAGGCUAAAUUACUCUCAUUGUCAUAAAGCUAAUAUGAUGUUAUGGCUCAAUCCCACAAACAUCUACAACCUGUUCAAUACUCCUCCUGAGGCCCUCCCGUAACAAUUUUACAGCAGCGUUGGCAUGUGGCCGCACAUUGCACAUUGCACUGCUGAAUGCCGGCCCGCAAUACAUUGUGGUUGGGAAAUAUGUGUGGGGUCAACCAAUUAUGUGGGGUCAUCACGCUGAAUUGGAGAAAUGAAGAAGAAAACGCAGGCUUGUUAUUUUUGGAUUAGUGUCACAUUUGGUCUAUGUGCUGUAUGUUUAAUAACAGGAGAGAAUUUCCUUGUAAUCAUUAAGCACAUUACCGGUCCCGAGCAAUGUAAGGCAGUUCUGACAAGCAUUAUUACCAAAGUUGUAUUACAGCGCUCUCUAUUUCCAGUGCAUUAGUCGGGGAAACAACCAGUUAAUGGACAUGGAAUCACUUUUUGAUGUUUAUUACGUCUAUUGCUACAUAAUGUUUUUGGUGUUUUUUCUAUUUCGUAAAAAAAAGAUGUAAUUCUUAGCUGUUGUUAUUUUAACGAUCUAGAUUUGGUUUGUGUAACAUGUUUCAUAUUUCUCUUUAUGGUUUUAUUUCAGACUUAAGUUGUUAACUUAUUGAUAAGACAUUUGGCUGAUGUCUUUAUGAUUUUGCAUUUUGCUCGGUUCUUGUUUUAUGCUUGCACAUAAAAACGUAUACUGGAAGUUAUAGAAGAUGUAAAAGAUCUUUAAGUUUUAAUAAUAAAGUCUAUUUUAAUUUGUUAGUAAA